AUGGGUAAUUCUCUGAUCUCUCUUCUCCCAAUCUUCCACUUGUUGGUGUUAUUAGGAUCAUCAGUGAAUGCUUAUUGGCCACCAUCACCUGGUUAUUGGCCAAGCUCCAAGGUUGGCUCCUUGAGCUUCUUCAAAGGUUUUAAGAAUCUUUGGGGUCCUCAGCAUCAGAGAAUGGACCAAAAUGCCCUCACCAUCUGGCUUGAUAGAACUUCGGGGAGUGGGUUCAAGUCAGUGAAGCCAUUCAGAUCAGGCUACUUUGGAGCAAACAUCAAACUCCAACCUGGUUACACUGCUGGGGUCAUCACAUCUCUCUACCUAUCUAAUAGUGAGGCACAUCCAGGAUUCCAUGAUGAGGUGGACAUAGAAUUUUUGGGGACAACAUUUGGGAAGCCUUACACACUUCAGACAAAUGUGUACAUCAGAGGAAGUGGUGAUAACAAAAUCAUUGGUCGUGAGAUGAAGUUUCGCUUGUGGUUUGAUCCCACUUCAGGAUUUCACCAUUACGCUAUUCUUUGGAACCCUAGAGAAAUCAUAUUUCUGGUGGAUGAUAUUCCCAUAAGAAGAUACCCAAAGAAGAGUGCGGCUACAUUUCCUUUAAGACCAAUGUGGCUUUAUGGUUCCAUAUGGGACGCUUCUUCUUGGGCAACCGAAGAUGGUAAAUACAAAGCCGACUAUAAAUAUCAACCUUUUACUGCCCAAUACACCAAUUUUAAAGCGAUGGGUUGCACGGCCUACUCAUCAGCACGGUGCCAUCCGCUCUCGGCUUCACCAUACCGUUCUGGCGGGUUAACUGGACAGCAAUACCAAGCCAUGAGAUGGGUUCAAACACAUAAUAUGGUAUACAAUUAUUGCAAAGAUUAUAAGCGUGACCAUUCUCUAACGCCGGAAUGUUGGCGUUAG